UUACAGGAUCGCGCCGCGUGCAAAAAACGUGGGACACAAUAGGAGAAAAGGUGUAACACAGCGUGAAUAGAAGAUCCUUUUCCAGCGUGAAUGGAAUUUCACAUGCCUGCAUUGGGUGACAGAACCUGAACCCCUUGCUUCCACUGCGGAACCACGCUUCCCCUCCUCCCGCGCCUCGCUCCCUCGUCCCCCGCGUACCCAGGCCGCGUGCACGCAAGCGCUCUCGUUCCUUUCAUGUCGGGCGCGGCGCUCAGGAGAUGGUGAAUGGGGGCGGCCUGCCCAUCCGAUUCCGCUAUAAGCCUCUCGAUACAAGCGCCGUGCCAAACCACCAGCAGCCAUUCACCUCUCUGACCGUUCCCCGCAAAAUGCCGCCGCACGCCAGGACCAGCGCCGCGCGGAGGGCGGCGGGCGUCCCAGGCUCCGCGCGCAGCUUGCGCUACUUCCCCCUGGUGGGCCCCAUCGCGCUCGGCGCGCUCUACCUGCUCUUCCUCCUCACGCGCUGGGGGGCGAAACCCUCCGCCGUGGGCGCAAGCACGCCGUGGCUCUCCAUCGCCUACAUGCCCUCGGGGGAGGGCUACCUGCUGCUCCUCGCUCCCCCGCGCUACUCCGCCCCCUCCUCCCCUUCCCCCUACCCCCCGCCUGAGCGCCAGCAGCAGCGCCUGCGGCUGCCCGCCAUGGAGGUGGGCGGCGUGCGGGUGGAGGGGCUUGCUGUGGGCGGCAGGGGACGGACUGCCAGCUGGCAGGGCGGGGUGGCGGGAGGAGGGGAGGGGGCGGGUGCAGCGGAAGGUGACCCAGCCUGCCGCCCCAAAUGCCUCUGCCUCCCCCACAGCCGCCCUGCCCGCGCCCCCUCGGUGGUCGUGACGGCGAGCCGGCUGAGCGCACACGCCGUGGUGAUGACGUGGGAGCUGAGCAACCCCCUCAUGUUCCCCGAUGGGGUGGACUUCACCGUGCGGAUAGCAGACAAUGCAUCAGGGUGGUACGGUGGCGGAGAGCGGUUCAAUGCGGUGAACCAGAGGGGCAAUGUGCUGCCCAUGUUCUCACUCGACCGCUUCACUGACGUGCCUGCGCACCGCAGCUACAAGCCGGUGCCGUUUGUGAUGAGCAGCAGCGGGUACGGCGUGUGGGUGCAGUCGUACGCCAACGGCACCUUCAGCCUCGCCACCCACGACGAGCCGGAUGUGCUGGCCAUCCGUUACCGCGAGCAGCAGCUGCGGGUGGUGAUCAUAUCGGGCCCCUCGCUGCUCGCCGUGCUCUCCGAGUUCACACGCCUCUCAGGCCGCCCCUCCCUGCCGCCCGAUUGGGCCUUUGCGCCCUGGAAGGGGCGCGACGUGCACUUCAACUGCUCGCAGGUGGUGGAAGAUGCGGAGAAGCUGCGGCAGCAGGGCAUCCCGGGGUCGGUGAUGCUGAUAGACAGCCCGUGGGAGACGGCGUACAACGACUUCACCAUCAACCGCCUGCAGUUUGACGACCCCGAGGACAUGUUCCUGCGCCUCCAGGAGCUGGGCUUCCACAACAUCUUCUGGGCGACGCCCUUCAUCAACCGCGCCAACCGCGUAGACAUGCAGGGCAUCACGGCGGGCCCGGCUGCCAUCUUUCAAGAGGCGGACGAGCGCGGCUUCCUAGUGCAGCAGGAGGGGGGAGGCUCUCAGAUAGUGAAGUGGUGGAAGGGCGAGGGCGGGCGCGUGGACUUCACAAGCGAGGCGGCGGUGGCGUUCUGGCACGGCGCCAUGAACACGACGCGGCAGUGGCCCACUGCGCGUGGGUUUAAGUGCGACGACGGCGAGGGCAACUACUUCCUGCCCGGCGCUGCGUUCCACGAUGGCUCACCACUCUCACUCAUGAAGACCCGGUACGUGGAGAAGUAUCUGGGCGCCAUGGGGUCGUUCAUUGACAAGUACCUGGACGGGGAUGGCGUGCUCAUGGCCAGGAGCGGCUUCACAGGCACGGGCAAGUCGUUUGUGUGGGCGGGCGACCAGCGCGCCAACUGGAAUCGCACAGAGGGCUUCCCGUCGGUGAUCAUGGCGGGGCAGACAGCGGCGCUGUCGGGGUUCUUCCUGUGGGGCAGCGACAUCGCGGGGUACUUCGGCCACUCCAUCGACAAGGAGCUCUUUGUGCGCUGGGCGCAGUUUGGCGCGCUCUCCCCGCUGAUGCACCAGUUCGGGCAGGCCAACAGUGGCCCGUGGGACUACGACGCGCUCACGCUGCGCAUCUACCGCCGCUUCGCGCGCCUGCACAUGGCGCUCUUCCCGUACCUCAAGGCGGCGGCGCUGCGCAGCGCCACGGCGGGGGAGCCCAUUGUGUGCGCCAUGGCGCUCUGCUUCCAGGGGGACGCCCAGGCCGCCGCCUCGCAGUGGGAGUGGCAGUACAGGUUCGGCCCGGACCUGCUGGUGGCGCCGGUGUACGAGAGUGGAGUGAGCAAGGCCACGGUGUACCUGCCGCAGGGCAGCGCGUGGGUACACUUCUGGGCCGCCAACGCCGCGCCCCUGGAGGGCGGGCAGGCGGUGGAGGUGGCGGUGCCGCUGCACGAGACUGCGCUGUACGUGCGCGCGGGGCGCUCAUCGAGAGCAUCGAGGAGGACGUGGACACGCUGCUGCCGCCCUCAGCCACGCUGCACCCCGAUGUCAAGACCGUUGGCAGCGUGUGCAUCCUGCAGGUGUGGCCGGGCGUGCCGUCCCCCUCGUCGUCCCUGGCGUCGCUGUUGGCGCCCUUCCAAGCGGCGCUCUCCGCCCGCCCCGUGGCGCAGGCGCACCGCCGCCACCGCCUGGUGCUGCAGCUGAGGGCGCAGGAGCGGGUGGAGCUGUCGCUGCGCUUCAUGCACGGCGAGCGCCUGGGGCACCCCACCGUGCGGCGCGGCACGCGCGAGCAGGUGGGCGUGGCGUGCGCGGGGGGCAACUACCUGGGCGUGGAGGGGCUGCACUGCGCGCUGGCGCUGGAGGCUGGGGUCACGGAGGUGUCGUGGGAGUAUGGCGGGUGACACGCGCCUGCUAGGGAAGGGACUGUGCGUUGGUGAGAAGGCGGCAGUAAUGUGCUCAGUAGACCCGUUCAGUGGAUCAUUACUGAAGCAAUGGGGAGCAUGAUGUGAUGAUGGAAACCACUGCAUCUUGAUCCGUUGUAAAGACAGUAUGAUCAACUCAGCAUCGUCUGCCAUGGCGUCGACACCUAUUGGCCUCAA